UGCGAUUCACGAUUUUUAGUACGUGACAGCUAUUUCCGUUUAACAGAUAUAUGCUAGUAUAACAGUACUGGUGAACAAACUCCUCUAAGCUGCGUAUAAAAACGAGCCGGAGCUGAAUAUAAAUAGUAAAGCGCGAGGUCAUGAAUCUGGCAGGCGCGGUCGUGGGCUGGUCCAGCCUGCAAUAAACGUAAAACAACGGAGGGGAUGCAGAGCUCUACGAAAACACGGACCCAAAACAAUACCAUUCACUCCGGAAAACAAGACUAAUAAUCGAUUGCUUGGUGCACGCGCCUGUUUUGACACAUUGCAUGCAUAGCUGUAGUGUAUGGUGAAUGCGUGCGUAAAGGACAAAGAGGAGAGGAUGCUGCUGUAAGCUCUCUCACCUGGCCCUGCUUUGCCUAUCCUUUCGUUUUAGCUCAUAUUUCUUUCCUUUCCUCUCUGUCAUUCUGGGAAAUAGAAGAUGAGUAACUCUCCCAUCCCUAAAGGGACUCCGGUCCAGCAAAGUCCAGUAGAUGGGGAGUGUCUGGAGUCAGAACUGGUCCAGUCUCCCCAGCAGUCAACCCCUUCCAGCGGCCUCAAGAAACGUGUAUCCAGUCUCCUGCAAAGCCCUUCAUUUAAAGAGGAGCUGGAUGUGUUGAUUCAGGAGCAGAUGAAGAAAGAAGGAAGUUCUUCUAGUCUGUGGGCUCUUAGACAGAUUGCUGACUUUAUGGCCACUCACGGAUCUCCAGCCGCUCUGCCUGUCGCUCCAUCCACCGUUAACAUGGUAACCCCCAUUAACGACCUGCACGGAUUGGAGCCAAGCUCCAUGGUGAAGGGUGAGAGACUGAUGCGCUGUAAGCUGUCUAGUGUACACCGACUGGUGGAUCUGUUUGGCUGGGCCCAGCUCGCCAACACGUGCCUCACAAUGCGCGUUAGUAAAGAGCAGGAACAUUUCCUGGUGCUGCCAGACGGUCUGGCCUUCGGGGAAGUGACUGCAUCCAGUCUGGUGAAGGUGAACAUUCUUGGUGAGGUGGUAGAGAAAGGCAGCACUACUCUUGGAGUCGAUCUCUCUGCGUUCAGUCUGCAUUCUGCAAUCUACUCGGCACGACCAGAUGUCCGCUGUCUUCUGCACCUCCACACUCCAGCCAUAGCAGCAGUAUCAGCCAUGAAAUGUGGCCUACUACCUCUAUCCCAUGAGGCUUUGUUGGUGGGUGAGGUAGCUUAUUAUGACUACAAUGGAGUGAUGGAGGAGGAAGAGGACAGAGUGGAUCUCCAGAAGAGCUUGGGACCGACAUGCAAGGUGUUGGUAUUGAGGAAUCAUGGUAUCGUGGCCUUGGGAGAAUCAGUGGAGGAGGCCUUUUACACAAUCUACCACAUCCAGACUGCAUGUCAAAUACAGGUGGCAGCACUCUGCAGUGCUGGAGGGGAACAAAACCUAAUCUUGCUGGACCGCAACAUCCACAAGCCUGUUGUCACAGGCACCGUGGGUUGGGCCGGAUCCACCUUCGGCCCCAUGCAUAAAAGCAGGCUAGGAGAACAUGAAUUUGAAGCUCUGAUGCGAACAUUGGACAAUCUGGGUUACCGUACAGGGUAUGCCUACCGUUUCCCAGUACUGUUGGAGCGCUCUAGAACCAGGAGAGAGGUGGAAGUUCCUGCCACAGUCACAUCGUUUUCCUUCAGUGAGGAUGGGGUUCACCCCCACCCAUGUCUCCAUCCCCAUGCCCAGAGACAACAGCAGAAGACAAGGUGGCUGAACACUCCAAAUGUCUAUCAGAAAGUCAACCAGGACCAGGCCAGCCCAGGACCUCGGACUACGUGGCAGAAAGCAGAAGAAAUGACCCAGGGUAGUGGCAGUGCCAUUAAGAUAGAGAAUCCAAACCAGUUUGUCCCUCUCUUCACUAACCCAAAGGAGGUGCUCGAAACAAGGAAUAAGAUAAGGGAGCAGAAUCGUCAGGACAUGAAAACAGCCGGACCUCAGUCUCAGGUGUUAUCCGGCGUCAUCACAGACAACAGUCCACCGACUCCAGAGGAGGUGGAGCCCAAACCCCCUGCCACACCAGAGCCGGAGCCUCCAAACCCCUUUAACGAGCUGACGGAUCAGGAGUUGGAGGAGUACCGCAAGGAGGUGCAACGCAAGCAACUUGGCCAGGAGGACGGUGUGGAGGAGGUGGUGAAUGACACGGGGACUCCCCCGACUACCUCGCCCACAAAGACCACACCAUCAGAUGGAAAAACCACAGAGGCUGUGCAGAACAAUAAAGGUGAUGAGAAGAAACAACAAGAGGAGCUAGAAAAAGGAAUGAAGGCCUUGUCGACUACCGACACUUCAGAAACCACUCUCUCGGCUCCGCCCACUGCCCCGCCCAACAAACCUGCAGGCAACACCCCAGACGGCUCUCCUUCCAAAUCCCCAUCAAAGAAGAAAAAGAAGUUCAAAGCCCCAUGUUUCUUAAAGAAAAGCAAGAAACAGAAAGAAAAAGCCGAAACUUGAACUCUUACGUGUUCAUCACUAUACUUUCACAUACAUGCUCAAAACACACAGCAUAUGCGUGUUAUUACACCUUCUUCCAAGAACGUUACUCACACACAAGUUCACUCACACACUAACACAUCUUCACAUCCACUCACUGUGUAUCCAUUUCUUGAUCUUUACAUACUAUACAAGUUUUUGAUUAUGGUUUUCGUUUUCAGUACACUCUCUGACUGCACUGAUGCAAAUUUUACGAUGCUUCACUGAUACAGAUUGAAUAGGUGAAGCGCACGAUGAGCUCUUGUGACCUCCCUCCCUUGCUUAAAAAUAAAAUUGCACUUAGUACAUGUAUGGAAAAAAAAGAAUGUGGGAUUGCAUAAGCAUUGAUUGUUCAUGUCUAUCAAUUCUGAUUGUUGCUCAGUCAUCAUCAAACACAGGUGUUUAAAUAAUUACAUGUGGCAUUGGCAUUACUGUGUAUUCUAAGUUGACUGAAAUCUUUUUUUAACUACGUCAUACAUCUCACUUUGUUAUGAAUCACAGGGAUAAAUGAUUUUACAAUGUACCAGUGACUGAAAAUCAUGAUGACGGUCUUGCAAUGGCUUACAAAAAUAAAAAAUGUGUUUUGGGGGGGGGGGUUAAUAAAAAUCAAAAUAGGUCUAAUUAUGCAAGAUCAUGGCUUGUUGCUGCAAAGAAAACACCAACUUUAAGUGCACGGAUUUAUUCCACUUCUUUUUAUUUAUGAUGUUUAUUUUGUAUGUAUGCUGGAGACAUUGCAGUUGUAAUUAUUUUUAUUAUCAGUCAUUGUUAUUUAAAUGCAUUUGUGUGAAUAGCUGGUUUAUAAACUUGAUUUCAUGUCAAUAUUGUAAAAUGCUAGGAUCGGAUGUACCAUUCAUUAAAGAUCACAUCCAUGUAAA